CGAGGCAGGACACAGCGAGGCAGGACACAGCGAGGCAGGAUACAGCGUGGCAGGACACAGCGAGGCAGGAUACAGCGAGGCAGGACACAGCAAGGCAGGACACAGUAAGGCAGGACACAGCGAGGCAGGACACAGCGAGGCAGUAUACAGCGAGGCAGGACACAGCGAGGCAGGACACAGCAAGGCAGGACACAGUAAGGCAGGACACAGCGAGGCAAGACACAGCGAGGCAGGACACAGUGAGGCAGGACACAGCGAGGCAGGACACAGCGAGGCAGGACACAGUGAGGCAGGACACAGCGAGGCAGGACACAGCGAGGCAGGACACAACGAGGCAGGACACAGCGAGGCAGGAUACAGCGAGGCAGGACACAGCGAGGCAGGAUACAGCGAGGCAGGAUACAGCGAGGCAGGAUACAGCGAGGCAGGACACAGCGAGGCAGGACACAGCGAGGCAGGAUACAGCAAGGCAGGAUACAGCGAGGCAGGACACAGCGAGGCAGGAUACAGCGAGGCAGGAUACAGCGAGGCAGGACACAGCGAGGCAGGAUACAGCGAGGCAGGAUACAGCGAGGCAGGACACAGCGAGGCAGGACACAACAAGGCAGGAUACAGCGAGGCAGGAUACAGCGAGGCAGGAUACAGCGAGGCAGGAUACAGCGAGGCAGGAUACAGCGAGGCAGGAUACAGCGAGGCAGGACACAGCGAGGCAGGACACAGCAAGGCAGGACACAGCGAGGCAGGACACAGCGAGGCAGGACACAGCAAGGCAGGACACAGCGAGGCAGGACACAACAGCUCUACAACACUUCAGGCAGCCAUACAACACUUCAGGCAGCCCUACAACACUUCAGACAGCUCUACAACACUUCAGGCAGCUCUACAGAACUUCAGGCAGCUCUACAGCACUUCAGGUAGCUCUACAACACUUCAGACAGCUCUACAACACUUCAGACAGCUCUACAACACUUCAGACAGCUCUACAACACUUCAGGCAGCUCUACAACCCUUCAGGCAGCUCUACAACUCUUCAGGCAGCUCUACAACACUUCAGACAGCUCUACAACACUUCAGGCAGCUCUACAACACUUCAGGCAGCUCUACAACACUUCAGGCAGCUCUACAACACUUCAGGCAGCUCUACAACACUUCAGGCAGCUCUACAACACUUCAGGCAGCCCUACAACACUUCAGGCAGCCCUACAACACUUCAGACAGCUCUACAACACUUCAGGCAGCUCUACAGAACUUCAGGCAGCUCUACAGCACUUCAGGUAGCUCUACAACACUUCAGACAGCUCUACAACACUUCAGACAGCUCUACAACACUUCAGACAGCUCUACAACACUUCAGGCAGCUCUACAACACUUCAGGCAGCUCUACAACUCUUCAGGCAGCUCUACAACACUUCAGACAGCUCUACAACACUUCAGGCAGCUCUACAACACUUCAGGCAGCUCUACAACACUUCAGGCAGCUCUACAACACUUCAGGCAGCUCUACAACACUUCAGGCAGCUCUACAACACUUCAGGCAGCUCUACAACACUUCAGGCAGCUCUACAACACUUCAGGCAGCUCUACAACACUUCAGACAGCUCUACAACACUUUCGACAGCUCUACAACACUUCAGACAGCACUACAACACUUCAGGCAGCUGUACGAUACUUCAGGCAGCUCUACAACACUUCAGACAGCUCUACAACACUUCAGGCAGCUCUACAACACUUCAGGCAGCUCUACAACACUUCAGGCAGCUCUACAACACUUCAGGCAGCUCUACAACAUUUCAGGCAGCUCUACAACACUUCAGACAGCUCUACAACACUUCAGGCAGCUCUACAACACUUCAGACAGCCCUCUACAACACUUCAGACAGCUCUACAACACUUCAGACAGCUCUACAACACUUCAGACAGCUCUAAAACACUUCAGACAGCUCUACAACACUUCAGGCAGCUGUACGAUACUUCAGGCAGCUCUACAACACUUCAGACAGCUCUACAACACUUCAGGCAGCUCUACAACACUUCAGACAGCUCUUCAACACUUCAGGCAGCUCUAAAACACUUCAGACAGCUCUACAACACUUCAGGCAGCUCUACAACCCUUCAGGCAGCUCUACAACACUUCAGGCAGCUCUACAACACUUCAGGCAGCUCUACAACACUUCAGGCAGCUCUACAACACUUCAGGCAGCCCUACAACACUUCAGGCAGCUCUACAACACUUCAGGCAGCUCUACAACACUUCAGGACAGCUCUACAACACUUCAGGCAGCUCUACAACACUUCAGGCAGCCCUACAACACUUCAGGCAGCUCUACAACACUUCAGGCAGCUCUACAACACUUCAGGCAGCUCUACAACACUUCAGGCAGCUCUACAACACUUCUCAGACAGCUCUAAAACACUUCAGACAGCUCUACAACACUUCAGGCAGCUCUACAACACUUCAGGCAGCUCUACAACACUUCAGGCAGCUCUACAACACUUCAGACAGCUCUACAACACUUCACAGCUCUACACUUCAGACAGCUCUACAACACUUCAGGCAGCUCUACAACACUUCAGGCAGCUCUACAACACUUCAGGCAGCUCUACAACACUUCAGGCAGCUCUACAACACUUCAGGCAGCUCUACAACACUUCAGGCAGCUCUACAACACUUCAGGCAGCUCUACAACACUUCAGACAGCUCUUCAACACUUCAGGCAGCUCUAAAACACUUCAGACAGCUCUACAACACUUCAGGCAGCACUACAACACUUCAGACAGCUCUACAACACUUCAGGCAGCUGUACAACACUUCAGACAGCUCUACAACACUUCAGGCAGCUCUACAACACUUCAGGCAGCUCUACAACACUUCAGACAGCUCUACAACACUUCAAACAACUCUACAACACUUCAGACAGUUCUACAACACUUCAGACAGCUCUAA